AUGCUUAUUAUCCAAAUCGAUACGUGUCUGCUCGAGUUCCUCCUUGAACUGUUGCAAAAGAUCCGCACGAAUCUUUUGCUGAUCUUGCAUGAAUUCCUGAUGAAGUUUCUCGGUGAGCUCAACAAGACAUUUCUCUCGAGAAGUGUGAUAUUCGUUGAGCCAGUGACGUUGCAAAUCGAUAAUCAUUCGCUUCAUUCCUUCGCUUACGUGUACGCCGUCCAAGUGGUACUGAAAUACGUGCACAACUUGAACAACAAGCAUAAAUUAAAUUUGGAACUUUAA